AUGGCUGAAAGUAGUGAAAAAGAAAAUAUAAAAUGGACAACCACCAUUAUUAUGAGUUCAUCUCUUAAGAGUUGUGAAGUUGCAACUGCCCUGGAAAACCAAAGUCACAAGGUUCGGUAUUCAGCUUCAGUGGAAAAUGGAUCAAUUAUAUUUUCUCGUACUGGAGUUGCAUUUUUAUUGAUGGACGCUAAAGAAUGCUUUAUGUCAGCUGAAGAAGUAUUUUUAGCCAAAAUUGAGAAGUUUAUUAACAUUCACCAAAAUAGUUUUUUGGUUCUGUCUGCUGCCCUCCAUGGACUUGAGGAAUGGAAACUGAUGUUCAGGAUUCAGCAGAGAUUCCUGGGUAGUAACUUACGGAUACUUCCAGUACACAACACAGUAAAUGCUAUUGAUCUUAUGUGCACUAUAGCUAAGAUUACCUCCAAACCAUACAUAGAUAGCAUCUGCUACAGAAUGAUAACAACUAAAGCUUACAUCAUUGAGCAAAGUCCUGUUUGGAAAACACUUCAACAGAUAAAUCUCAGUGACUCAUUUAACCCAAAUUAG